UGACUAUGUUUUUCUAUAUAUUGAACUACUGCCUCCUCUGCUUUUUCCAAUUCUAAACCAAACAACACAUUCACAUAAUCAUCUCUCUUUCUUUCCUCUUUAAGAAAGGAACAAAGAUCAAAGCUUCCAAGUUAUAACAAGAUGGGUCUUGUCGGCUUCUUGCUUAUGGUUAUUGUCGGAGUAAUGACGUCAAGUGUGAAGGGCUACGAUGGAGGUUGGGUAAACGCACACGCCACAUUUUACGGCGGUGGUGAUGCCUCCGGCACCAUGGGUGGUGCUUGUGGGUACGGAAACCUUUAUAGCCAAGGCUAUGGAACCAACACGGCCGCGCUGAGCACUGCUCUGUUCAACAACGGGCUGAGCUGUGGUGCUUGCUUCGAGAUAAGAUGUCAGAACGACGGGAAAUGGUGCCUCCCUGGCUCAAUCGUUGUCACAGCGACUAACUUUUGCCCACCAAACAACGCUUUACCGAACAACGCAGGAGGUUGGUGUAACCCUCCUCAGCAGCAUUUCGAUCUCUCUCAGCCUGUAUUUCAACGCAUCGCUCAAUACAAAGCUGGCAUUGUCCCCGUCGCCUACAGAAGAGUGCCAUGCGUGAGAAGGGGAGGAAUAAGGUUUACGAUAAACGGACAUUCUUACUUCAACCUUGUUCUGAUUACGAACGUCGGAGGAGCUGGAGAUGUUCACUCUGCGUGGGUUAAAGGGUCAAGAACAGGAUGGCAAGCCAUGUCUAGAAACUGGGGGCAAAACUGGCAAAGUAACUCUUAUCUUAACGGACAAGCUCUCUCUUUCAAAGUCACAACGAGCGAUGGUCGCACUAUUGUAUCCAACAACGUCGCUUCCGCAGGCUGGUCCUUCGGCCAGACCUUCACCGGCGCACAGAUAUAGACUUGACUACGUGGUUCGUGUGUGUGCAGUAGUAGAAAGCUUAGAGGGUCAUAUUAGUAAUUUGGUACGUUCUUUCAGUUUGGGGUUUCACCUAAAAAGAAGUGGUGCUUCGAGUGCUUGAUUUUCCACAAGGCCUUGAUGACGUCAUCUUUUGGGGACCUUUGUUCUCUUUCUAUUACUGGUAAGGUUUGUUUUUAAGUUAUACUGAUGCAGAGGUGGAGUUAAGAACCACCCGCUAGUAGUAAAGUUCCGUUUGUAUCCCUUCUUGAAGCUAGAGGGAGAGUUUCGUGCUUCAAGAAUUGUUUGAUUUGUAUUUUCUCAAGUCAUCUAUGUUGUGAAUUUUCAAUUUUUAUAAAGAUUGUUGGGGAUUUGUUAUUUCAA